UUUCAGUGUUAGACAAGGGUGACCAUUUUCCCCCAUCAUUAAUAGUAGACAGAUUUCCCAACAUGGUGCCAAUCUAGUAACUUGAAAAAUGGCAUCUCCUUGUUUUAAUUGGCAUUAAUUAUUCAUGAAGCUGACCCUUUUUCAUGUUCAUUGGCCAGUACAGAUUAUGGUCUCACAAAUGAAUAGUUCAUGGCCUUGAGUACAGAUGCUUCAGAAACUUUUCCCCAUUCAUCAGUCUUUUCAACAGUUCCUUAUUUUUUCUUUCCAGGAGCGACUAAAACUGGUGACUGUUCUGGGUGCUGGCCUUCUCUGUGGAACUGCCCUGGCGGUCAUCGUGCCUGAAGGAGUACACGCACUUUAUGAAGAUAUUCUUGAGGGAAAACACCACCAAUCAAGUGAAACACAGAAUGUGAUUGCAUCAGACAAAGCAGAAAUGCCAGUUGCCCAUGAACAUGAGCACAGUCACGACCACACACACCUGCAUGCCUACAUUGGUGUUUCUCUAGUACUGGGCUUCGUUUUCAUGUUGCUUGUGGACCAGAUUGGCAGUUCCCAUGUGCAUUCUACUGAUGGUAAGUGACUCCAAGGCUUUCUGGGUAGUACAAUAAGCAGUGCCCUUAUUUAGUGUUAAAAGUCUUUUAUUUUUUUUUAUAUAAGAUUUAUCCAUUUAUGCAUAAAAGAGCUGGGGUGCAGGCCAGAGGCAUUGUGGGAUGUAUGUGAGAGGAUUCACCAGAGACAGUGAGGAACAGAGCAGGCAGAUCUAUUGAAAUACACUACUGAGGGGAGCAGCAGGCAAGAAAGGAGAUGUCUGCUGCACCUUGUGGGUCAGCUCCCUGGCCAGGGUUCAAACCCAUGCCACAGUGGCUGCAGACGGCUUCACAGUGCUGAUGCCCAUCCACUUGCACCACCAGGGAGGCCCUCUUUUAUCUUUGUUAACAUUCUCCAGUGAACAUUUUGUUCAGUUGGGGGAGCUAGUGAGCUGUGACAUGUGGCACAAGACAGUGUUUAUGGGUUAUUAACUCUGGUUAUCUUAGAGCUGUUGCAUUUGGUUGAAAAGUCUAGAAUAGAAAU